GAAAAGGCUUUUGAUUAGAUGUUGUUUUUAUUAAAUAUCUGUUUUACCUGAUUACUUCAGGUACUUUGAUUUAUGCUACGAUUUGUGUUUGGAAAACAUUGUUUGUCGAGAAGCGUUCAAUAAUCAAAUUCAUUAAUUUGAUUUCUGCGUUUUCUUCUGAGAAUUUCAGAAUAAAACAGUAAGUUGUGCACCUAUUGAGUUGUCCGAAAUGGCUUCAGCCCAACGGAUAUGUCGCUUGUGUUUGGACACCAAAGAUCUACAGAGUUCUCCUUCGCUUUACGAUGGGAUUAUCCAGGCGAAGAUUAUCACAAUAUUUAAUUUCCCGUUCGAUAGCCGCGCUUCGUUGCCAUCCAGCAUUUGUGCGCACUGUCUGUUCAAGAUUGACGACUUCCAUGAAUUUACGGAAACGGUGCGUCAAAAUCAGGAACAGCUCAAAGCCCGGGAGGCGAUCCUAGCCCAAAACAUCAAGGUAGAACCAACGGUGGCGAACGAGGAUCCCGCAGAGGUGAAAGAGCCCAGUAUUGCGAUCAAAUCGGAAACCUUCAAUGACGAGCCUCCAGUUGAGACGAUUCCAGUCCAAGUCGAACAUGACGAGGCCCGUGUUGUUAGCGUCGAUUCAAAUCAAUGCAUCGUUCAGAGUCACCAGGACGAAACCCUUCAGUUUAAGAUUGAGUUUGAAGAACCGGAAAUCCCCAGAGAUAAGGAAUCACCGGUUGAAGAGAUCGACAAAACUGAGAAGGAAGACCGCCUAAUUAGGGAAUUCUUUAGUCUCAAUUGUGAAACAUGCUCGGAAUCAUUCGAUAGUUUCAGUCAGCUGAAACAGCACACCACGGUUGUCCACGAUAAGAAGCUGGUCAUUAGGUGCUGCAACAAAGACCUAACUCGAAGGUAUUACGUGCUUGAUCACAUCGCGUUGCACCUGAACCCGAAUCAUUUCCAGUGUGAAGUUUGCACUAAGGUGUAUAAACGGAGAACCGAUUUAACCCAUCAUCGUCUCAGAAUGCACGGCGGGGAAGAGGCAAGGCCCUUCAAAUGCGACCAAUGCCAUGCUUCGUUCCCUAAGUCAUACUUGCUUAAUGCUCAUCUCUCCAAACAUGUUCAAGUUGAGUGCGACGUUUGUCAUAAAAAGUUAUCGAAUCCGGUUUCCCUGCGGAAUCACAAGAUUCAGGUGCACAGCAAGGGUAACAAGCACGUGUGCGACAUCUGCGGACUUGAAUUGAGCAGUAAGCCGGCCUUGCAACGCCACAAGGAUCUACACAAACCGGUCAAACCAGAGGACCGGAUUGCAUGCCCAAUUUGCAGCAAAUGGUUCCCCAGUGCAGAGAAAGUGAAAUUUCACAUCAGAUAUCUGCACGAGGGCAACGAAACGGCGUGCGAUGUGUGUCAGCAGGUCUAUCCGAAUAAACGAGCCAUGGAUGCGCACAAGGUGAGAGUGCACUCGAAAACGGCGCACGAAUGCGACAUCUGCGGCAAAAAGUUCACCCGGAAGCUGGCGCUGAAGGAGCACUACUCCAUCCAUACCGGGGAAAAGCUGUAUCGGUGCGAUCUGUGCGGAAUAUCGAUCAGCAACAGCUCGUUUCUGUACAAGCACAAGAAGCUGAAACACCCGGACGAGUAUUUGGCGGAGAAGCAAAAGGCAUACGCCAGUCGGUCGCAUCAGGUGGAUGAUCAAGAUCAGAAGGGUGACGUUGAAAUGGGCGAUUAGGACUGCUCCAACCGAUCAGUGAAUAUAGGACAAUGGAAGCGAUUCUCUUAGAUACUUCCAAGAGGAUUGUCUUGGCAGAUAUUAAGGGAAUUACUGAAAUUCUUGCCUUCAGUAUCUUAAGGGCGUAACUGCAAUGAUCGGCUUUUCUUCAUCAAUUGAAUUUUUAGUAAAUACUGUUUAAAAUCGCUAUUUUUGAUUCAACUGAAAGCACUAAUCGUAAUUCGUCAGGUUGCAUCGUAAAAUGUUCAAAAAAAUCGAUUGAAUUUCGUGUACUAAACCAAAUAGAAAGUCGAUGACUGCGGAUACGUAUAACCUGUAUGAUACUCGAUAAUCGCGAGAAUUAUUUGUACAUUUCUCGCAUAACUUGUGAUCUCGCCCUAAAAGCCAUUGGUAAUCGAGUGUAUAGCUCCUUGAUUCUCAGCAAAUUAAUGGCCCAGGACGAAAACUAUCACCACUGGGUGAUAGAGGGGGAUAUAUCUUCAUCGUAGCCUAGUUGACUAACGUGUAAAUCCAUUCGUUUGCUCAGUAACAACAAGCUACAGAUUAUGCGAGAUUUCGAGUGUCAAAUCAACAAGAGACAAAAGAGUAAUUCAAUAAAAAUCAUUUCAACAGUA